UACCCAUUUGAGAAUUUUUUCUUAAUUUUAUCAUCUGGGUUGGUCACCUUUUUUUCUGUUUAGUUGUAAUACUGUUUUGAAUUGCUGUGUCACUGAAGUUAUUGUAGCUAUGUUUGCAUUCCAACAAUUGGGUUGGUCCAAAAAUUUGAACUUGUUUGCUUAAAUUAUGAUGGGUAUUUUUUGCAUUUGCAAUUUCUGUACUGGUUGGUCUGGUUUCUGGGUUCUGUUGUGCUUUCUGAUGUAUUUUUGUUAUUUAUGUACUUGGUGAGCAAUUUCACUACCUGGGUUGGUUUUAUGUUCAUCUUGUUAUAAUGUAAUGGGAUUGACAUUGGCCAUUGCAGUCUGGAGCAUUGAAUUUUUCUCGUUUUGUUGUUCCUUACUGAUUGUAACCGUGAAACAGAAUUUUGAUGAUGUCUUGGUUCCUGCUGAUCAUGUAAGCAGGAGUUAUAAUGAUACAUACUAUAUUGAUGCUGAAACUGUUUUGAGGUGUCAAACAAGUUCUCAUCAGGCAGAGUUAUUGAGAAGAGGACACACUCAUUUUCUUGUUACAGGAGAUUUAUACCACAAGGAUUCCAUAGACUCAACUCAUUACCCUGUGUUUCAUCAGAUGGAAGGUGUACGUGUGUUUUCACUAGAUGACUGGGAGGCAUCUGGUGUAGAUGCCACAUCUUAUGCAGCUGAGGACUUGAAGAAAUGUCUUGAGGGCUUGGCAAAUUUUCAUUGGCCCAACAGCAUAUACCUUCCUAACUAUGCAUGACAAAAGUGUGGCUGUAAGUAAAAUUGAUUUCACACAAGACUCAAUUCUGCAAUUAUGGGAUAUAUCAAAUUCUCUAGUCUUAAAAAAUUGUUCAAACCUAAAUCUAAUGCUUGACGACUUGGUCAUUAAUACUGUUGUUGGCUUUAUUGGUUUAAAAUCACUCACGAUUGAAAGAUGCACAAUAACGAAGUCAUGUCCAGUUAGAGGAUUGGCUGCCUGCUGUGACCUAC